AUGACUGAGAAAAGUGAUCUUAUCAAGCAGAUUAUUUCGGAAUAUGAUUGUUCACUGGAAAUAAAGAGUAUUUCACGACCGAAAGAUGGUUAUUCGAAUUCAGUGUACUUGAUUACAUUUGCCAAUAAUUCUCAGGUUGAACUCGUCGUCAAAUUUACUAAGCCGGAUGAAGUCACUGAAGUCAUUUUCUAUCGAUUGACAAGUGAAAGUCACUUUCCUGUGCCAAAAAUAUUCAAAUCAGUUGAGAAUUAUUAUAUUGCGUCGAAAUUGCCAGGCGUUUCUCUUUCACAAGUGUUAGACUCUCUGACACACGAGCAACGAGUAGACAUUUAUCGACAACUAGGUGCAUUCGUUGGCCAAUUACAUGCGAAUUGGAAGGAGAUGUUUCGUCAUACCAUCGAGAAACAAAUUCUUCAAUUCAAAGGUACAAUAUUCGAAGAACUUGGCAAUAAAAUUCACCAACAUCUGACGAGAAAUAUCCAUAUGAUCGAUUACGAAAUCACACCGAGGUUAUUACAUAUGGAUUUACACUGCGGAAAUAUUUUGGUAUCCAAUGGGCAGCUAACAGGUAUUCUAGACGCUGAGGAUGCAUUAAUUGGACAUAACGAAUACGAACUUAUGAGAAUUGAAAAAGGCCAUUUCGAAGGGAAUGAGCAUCGAGAUGAUUUCUUAUCGAGUUAUACAAAGUACGUGAAAUUAGACGAAGGGUAUGAACAACGGCGAUGGUUUUAUUCUUUAUCACGAGAAAUAGUCGGUAUGCAAUGUUUGAUUCGAUUUGGUGAACAAUAUGCACAGACUGGAUCUUUGGAAGAGGAAAAGAAAAUCAUUGAAGAUAAAAUUCAAUCGAUUGGUGAUUCUUUUUCGCAGUGA